GAAAAGGAAGUUACCGCCCCGGCUGGUUUGACAAGAAUUGUUUGUGUCAUUGAGCUCCAUGUUCGUUCUAUUAAAAAAUGGCAACAUGGGAAGAGUCAGCGACGGUCGCUUACAAGCGCUGGAGAGAACCUGACGAUGGAAGGGGAGCUGAUUUUGCGGGUCACUUGGAUGAAGAUUUUGCUGCCGAUAAUGAGAUCUGCACAGUCACAGCAGCGACGAGACCCCAAGGAACUAUCACUCUUGAUGAAGCGCUGGACGCAAUUGGCUUUGGAAGUUUCCAAUGGAAGAUGUUUUUUCUCACUGGUCUGUCAUGGAUAGCAGACGCCAUGGAGAUGAUGAUCCUGAGUGUUCUGGGGCCACAGCUCCACUGUGAGUGGAGGUUGGAGGGUUACCAAGUGGCCGCCAUAACAUCGGUGGUGUUUUGCGGGAUGGGAAUAAGUUCACCUUUGUGGGGGAAACUGACCGAUAAGUUUGGCAGAAAGAUGGGACUUACUUUAGCUAUGUCGUGGAGUUUCCUCUACAGCUUGUUGACGGCAAUCGCUCCGAGAUACGGAUGGCUCUUGUUUCUGCGAUUUCUUGUUGGAGUCGGCAUUGGAGGAGCCCCUCAGUCGGUCACACUAUACUCGGAAUUUCUGCCAUCGAAGGUGCGAGGCAUGAGCAUCAUGUUGUUCGGGGUUUUCUGGGCCAUAGGAGCCUUGCUGCAGGUUCUGCUGGCCUUGUGGAUCAUGCCGGUCCUUGGUUGGCGCUGGCUGCUGGGAUUGUCUGCCUCUCCGAUGGCGCUUUUUCUCUGCUUGAGCUAUUGGCUCCCUGAAAGUCCUCGGUUUGACAUGUUGAUGGGAAGACGAGAGAAAGCCCUCAAAACUUUAGCCAACAUGGCCAAAGACAAUGGCAAAGAGAUGCCUGAAGGGCACAUCGUUAGCUUCAAACUGAAUCAGAGAGGACAAAUCUUAGCUCUAUUCAAGCCCCAGUAUCUCAGGACAACACUUCUUCUCUGGUAUAUUUGGUUUACGAUUGCUUUCUCCUACUAUGGCAUCAUCUUGUUGACAACUGAGAUGUUUCAAAGUGGCGACUCCUGUGGUGCCACCCAGGGCUCAAAGAAUGACCCAAGCUGCAUGAUGGAGUGUAAAUAUUUGACAGCAGAUGACUACAAAGAUCUUAUAUGGACCACACUGGGUGAAUUCCCAGGGCUAAUAAUAGUUCUGGUCGUGGUGGACUGUCUUGGCAGGAAGAAAAGCCUUACUCUGUGUUUCUUCAUGUUUUCUUUGUUCACUCUGUCCAUGCUGGGAUGCAUUGGAAGGACCGGCCUCACCAUUUUCAUCUUCAUCGCCAGAGCCUUCAUAACCGGAGGCUAUCAAGUGGCCUAUGUUUACACACCUGAGGUGUUUCCUACAGAAGCCAGAGCCAUUGGGUUGGGCACCUGCAGUAUGCUGGGAAGGCUGGGAGCUCUGAUCACUCCCUUUGUGGCCCAGGUGUUGCUCAGGUCCUCCGUCACUUUGACCGUCUUGGUUUACUGUGGCUUCAGUCUGGUGGCUGGUGUGGCCUCUUUGCUGCUGCCGAUUGAAACCCUCGGCCGAACUCUGCAGGAGACGGUGCCGAACCCAGAGUUAGCGGAAGCAAGAAGACGGUCGAAAUCUGAAACGGAGCCAAGUGGUAUGAAGGACUCGCAACAAUAGGAACCUUCCGAAAUAACAGACCAACUCUCAUGAAAAAUGAAGCUAUUUAAGUAAGCAGUGCCAAUAUUGAUGGUUAUUUUAUUUAUUUUUCUUGGUUGUUACAUGAAGUGGAAGAAGGUGUGGUUGGACUGGUGUCCCUCUGGUUUUGCCUGUUGACAAUAAAAAGCCAAAUGUGCUGAUGAGAUUUGCACUGAUGAGACUGACACACUUGCUUGCAUUUCUGCAUGAGAACUGUAUGGGUAUUUAUUUGUAUUUAAGCGAGUGUGAAUGUGACAAGUUUAUUUUUCUACUGAUGGUUGAAGAUGUCACUCCAAAUAAAAAAAAA